AUGAGUUCCCCUCUUCGUCCAAACAUGGACUCGGCCAACCGCGGUGCUCCUGCGAGGGCCAGCCGCAAGCGGUCUCGCGGCGCCAUCGAUGAUGCCACGUCCUCAGUCGGUGCCGCUUCCAGCCCGCCCGGAAUUGCCUCCUCCCCGCCGGCUUUCGACAUUGCCCACGGCCGGGAUGACGACGAUGAUAUUGAGGAGGACAUCGAGAUCCAAGACGACAUUGAUGAGCUUGACGAGAUGGCCGAGGAUGAUGUUGAUCUGUUCCGCGAAGGAUUCGAGCGCGACUACAGGGAGAAGGACGAGAACGACGUCUACGAAGGCAUCGACAUCGAUGACGAGGGAGAUUAUGACGCCAUGGAUGCCUCCGAGAGGCGUCGUCUCGAAGCACAGCUCAACCGCAGAGAUCGCGAGGUUGCGCGCAGACAACGGAUUCCCCAGGCCUUCCUCCCUGGCGAGGACGACGAGGGCGACAUCGACCUGACGGCUCAGCCCCGUCGUCGCCGCCACCACUACGAUGAAGACCCUGAUGAAGACAUGGAUGCCGACAUCAUGGACGAGGAGCUGUCUCUGGAGGCACUGCAAGAUGUCAAGGCCUCGAGCUUGACCGACUGGGUCUCUCAGCCUGCCGUCCAGCGCACCAUCAAGCGCGAGUUCAAGGCCUUCCUGACCGAGUACACCGACGAGAGCGGCUCCUCAGUCUACGGGAACCGCAUCCGCACGCUCGGUGAGAUCAACGCAGAGUCUCUCGAGGUGUCCUACGAUCAUCUCUCAUCUUCAAAGGCCAUCCUUGCUUACUUCCUUGCCAAUGCACCGUCCGAGAUGCUCAAGCUUUUCGACGAUGUUGCCAUGGACGUCGUGCUGCUGCAUUACCCCGACUACGAGAGAAUUCACUCGGAGAUCCACGUGCGCAUCUUUGAUUUGCCCGUCCAUUACACCCUCCGCCAGCUCCGACAGUCCCAUCUCAACUGCCUCGUCCGUGUCAGCGGUGUCGUCACUCGUCGAACCGGCGUCUUCCCCCAGCUCAAGUAUGUCAAGUUUGACUGCACCAAGUGCGGUGUCACGCUCGGCCCCUUCCAGCAAGAGUCCAACGUCGAGGUCAAGAUCACCUACUGCCAAAACUGCCAAUCUCGCGGUCCCUUCACCCUCAACUCGGGGAAGACGGUGUACCGCAACUACCAGAAGCUCACCCUGCAAGAAUCUCCCGGCACCGUCCCUGCUGGUCGUCUGCCUCGGCAGCGAGAAGUCGUUCUCCUGUGGGAUCUGAUCGACAGGGCCAAGCCAGGUGAGGAGAUCGAAGUCACUGGCAUCUACAGGAACAACUACGACGCCCAACUCAACAACCGCAACGGCUUCCCGGUCUUUGCCACCAUCCUGGAGGCGAACAAUGUCGUCAAGUCCCACGAUCAGCUUGCUGGCUUCAGGCUGACCGAGGAGGACGAGCACGAGAUCCGCAAGCUUGCCCGCGACCCGCAGAUUGUCGACAAGAUUGUCAACGCGAUCGCGCCUAGCAUCUACGGCCACACCGACGUCAAGACUGCCGUCGCCCUGUCCCUCUUUGGCGGUGUCGCCAAGACCACCAAGGGCGCGCAUCACGUCCGUGGUGACAUCAACGUCCUGCUCCUCGGUGACCCAGGUACCGCCAAGUCUCAGGUGCUCAAGUACGUCGAGAAGACGGCUCACCGUGCCGUCUUUGCCACCGGCCAGGGUGCCAGUGCUGUCGGUCUGACGGCUAGUGUCCGUCGUGACCCGCUCACCAGCGAGUGGACACUUGAAGGCGGUGCCCUCGUGCUCGCCGAUAAAGGCACCUGCCUGAUCGACGAGUUCGACAAGAUGAACGACCAGGACCGAACAUCUAUCCACGAGGCCAUGGAGCAGCAGACCAUCUCCAUCUCCAAAGCCGGUAUCGUCACCACACUUCAGGCGCGUUGCGGUAUCGUCGCCGCCGCCAACCCCAUUGGAGGCCGCUACAAUUCGACCAUUCCCUUCUCUGCCAAUGUCGAGCUGACUGAGCCUAUCCUGUCUCGUUUCGAUAUCCUUUGCGUUGUCCGGGAUACUGUCGACCCCUCCGAGGAUGAACGACUAGCCCGCUUCAUCGUCGGCUCUCACAGCCGCAGCCACCCUUCUUCAACCGCUACGCAAAACGCGGAGGAGUCGAUGGAGGUCGAGGCCGAGUCGCAGCGCGCAGAAACUCAGGCGUCAUCAACGUCGGCCAAGACCAAGGAGGGAGAGAUCCCGCAAGAGCUGCUGCGCAAGUACAUCCUGUACGCCCGCGAGCGCUGCACGCCCAAGCUCUACAACAUGGACAAGGAUAAGGUCGCGCGCCUGUUCGCCGACAUGCGUCGCGAGUCCCUCGCCACUGGAGCGUAUCCCAUCACCUCCCCCCCUCAGGUCCGUCACUUGGAAGCCAUCAUCCGCAUCUCGGAGGCCUUCUGCAAGAUGCGCCUGUCCGAGUACUGCUCCGCCCAGGACAUUGACCGCGCCAUCGCCGUCACCAUCGACAGCUUCGUCGGCAGCCAGAAGGUCAGCUGCAAGAAGGCGCUGGCCCGCGCGUUCGCCAAGUAUACGCUGGCGAGGCCCGGUCAGGGUGCCGGCCGCAAGGUUGGCGCCGCCAGGGGUGCCGCCGCUGUGGCUGCGUAG